CCCAUGUGCCGCAGGCCCACUUUCGAAAACCCCCAACCCAUAUCGCGCAGUUCCCACUUCCAUCUCGCCACGAGCGGAUCUGCGCCUGCGCUCUCCCCCCCUCGCCGGCGGCAAGCCUAUGGCGGCUCCCGGCUCCGGCUCCGGCGGCAUCCCCAUCAAGGCUGAUCAGGACUCGGAUGGCUCGGCGCAGAGCACUGCUGAUAUGACCGCUUUCGUGCAAAAUCUUCUGAUGCAGAUGCAAACCAGGUUCCAAUCUAUGUCAGAGAACAUCAUUUCAAAGAUAGAUGAAAUGGGCGCAAGAAUUGAUGAGUUGGAGCAGAGCAUCAAUGACCUCAAGGUUGAGAUGGGCACUGAAGGUAUUACCCCAACUAAGCCAAAGGACGAAGAAUCGAAGCCUGCGGGUAGCUCUGCCGAAUGAAAGAAACAGAAGCAGUUGAAAUGGUAGCAUGCCAUUCCAGAUUUGAUUUCCGUAUCGACAUCUCCAGCCAUUCAUCACUGACAAAUUACAUGCUGUAAGAUCUUAGCAGGGCACUUUUAUGCAUCUGAGAUUUGUGGUAGCAGUUGAGAAUCUCUCUUAUAGAUGUUGUUGCAUGUUUUACUGUGAACUUCUCUGUGGAUAUUGUACUGUACUGCGCAGAGCAAUGAUCAUAAUAGGUUUGUUUAGAUUCA